UGCCCGUGCCAGCUUCGCGCCGGGGCCCGGGGCGCGGGGGGCUCCGGCCGCCGCGAGGUUCGCCCACCUUCCAGCGGCCGCGGGGCGGGAGAUGCGGCGCCGAGGGGGAGGAGGGCGCCCCGGAGAGCCUGGCGCUUGUUUCUGCCCCCCUGCGGAAGGGAGCAUGGAGCUGUGAGCGCCCUUCGCUCGGCGAGGCCGCCCCGGGCAGGCUCCCCAUGGCCGGGACGUACAGCUCCACUCUGAAGACGCUGGAGGACUUGACCUUGGACUCCGGCUAUGGGGCCGGGGACUCGUGCCGCUCGCUCAGCCUCUCGUCCUCCAAGUCCAACUCGCAGGCGCUCAACUCUUCGGCGCAGCAGCACCGCGGGGCGGCCUGGUGGUGCUACUCCGGCUCCAUGAACAGCCGCCACAACAGCUGGGACACGGUGAACACGGUGCUGCCCGAGGACCCCGAGGUGGCCGACCUCUUCUCGCGCUGCCCGCGCCUGCCCGAGCUGGAGGAGUUCCCCUGGACCGAGGGCGACGUGGCCCGGGUGCUGCGCAAGGGCGCCGGCGGCCGGCGGCUGCCCCUGUUCUCGGCGGAGGCGGUGAGGCGCCUGGCCGGGCUGCUCCGCAGAGCGCUGAUCCGCGUGGCCCGCGAGGCGCAGCGCCUGAGCGUCCUGCACGCCAAGUGCACCCGCUUCGAGGUGCAGAGCGCCGUGCGCCUGGUGCACAGCUGGGCGCUGGCCGAGAGCUGCUCGCUGGCCGCUGUCAAGGCGCUGUCUCUGUACAGCAUGAGCGCUGGCGACGGGCUGCGCCGGGGCAAGUCGGCGCGCUGCGGCCUCACCUUCUCGGUGGGCCGCUUCUUCCGCUGGAUGGUGGAUACCCGCAUCUCCGUGCGCAUCCACGAGUACGCGGCCAUCUCGCUGACGGCCUGCAUGGAAAACCUGGUGGAGGAGAUCCGGGCCAGGGUGCUGGCCAGCCAGAGCCCCGACGGCGGAGGGGCCGGAGGCGGGGAGGUGUCCCCCGAGGCCCUGGAGAUGGUCGUCAACAACGAUGCCGAGCUCUGGGGCGUCCUGCAGCCCUAUGAGCAUCUUAUCUGCGGCAAGAACGCCAAUGGUGUCCUCUCCCUCCCCGCGUACUUCAGCCCCUACAGCGGCGGGGCCCUGGGCCAUGACGAGCGGGCGGAGGCCUACGCACAGCUGGAGCUCCGCACCCUGGAGCAGUCCCUCCUGGCCACCUGUGUGGGGAGCAUCUCAGAGCUGAGCGACCUGGUCUCCCGUGCCAUGCACCACAUGCAGGGGCGCCACUCCCUGUGUCCUGGCUCCAGCCCUGCCCGCCAGGCCCGCCAGCCGCCCCAGCCCAUCACCUGGUCCCCCGACGCCCUCCACACGCUCUACUACUUCCUGCGGUGUCCACAGAUGGAGUGCAUGGAGAACCCCAACCUGGACCCCCCGAGGAUGGCCCUCAACAAUGAACGGCCCUUCAUGCUGCUGCCGCCACUGAUGGAGUGGAUGCGUGUGGCCCUCACCUACGCGGAGCACCGCCGCAGCCUCACCGUGGACAGUGGUGAUGUCCGGCAGGCAGCCCGGCUGCUGCUGCCCGGCCUGGACUGUGAGCCCCGGCAGCUCAAGCCCGAAUGCUGCUUCAGUUCCUUCCGGAGGCUGGACGCCCGAGCAGCCACUGAAAAAUUCACCCAGGACCUGGGCUUCCGCAUGCUCAGCUGCGGCAGGACGGACCUCAUCAACCAGGCAAUCGAAGCCUUGGGCCCGGAUGGGGUUAACACCGUGGACGACCAGGGUAUGACGCCGCUGAUGUACGCCUGUGCAGCAGGGGACGAGGCGAUGGUCCAGAUGCUGAUCGAUGCCGGGGCAAACCUGGACGUCCAGGUUCCAAGCAGCUCUCCCAGACACCCCUCCAUUCACCCUGACAGCCGGCACUGGACGCCGCUCACGUUCGCUGUGCUGCAUGGGCACAUCUCUGUGGUCCAGUUGCUGCUGGACGCCGGUGCCCACGUGGAGGGCUCAGCCGUGAAUGGCGGCGAAGACAGCUAUGCGGAGACACCCCUGCAGCUGGCCUCUGCGGCGGGGAACUACGAGCUGGUCAGCUUGUUGCUGAGCCGAGGCGCUGACCCCCUGCUCAGCAUGCUCGAAGCCAACGGCAUGGCCUCUUCCCUCCACGAGGAUAUGAACUGCUUCAGCCACUCGGCAGCCCACGGCCACAGGAAUGUCCUGAGGAAGCUCCUGACACAGCCACAGCAGGCCAAAGCAGACGUGCUGUCCCUGGAGGAGAUCCUGGCCGAGGGCGUGGAGGAGAGUGACACGUCCAGCCAGGGCAGCGGCAGUGAGGGGCCCGUGCGGCUGAGCCGGACCCGCACGAAGGCCCUGCAGGAGGCCAUGUACUACAGUGCGGAGCACGGCUACGUGGACAUCACCAUGGAGCUGAGGACACUGGGUGUCCCCUGGAAGCUGCACGUCUGGCUCGAGUCUCUGAGGACAUCCUUCUCCCAGUCGCGGUACUCGGUGGUGCAGAGCCUCCUGCGGGACUUUGGCUCCAUCAAGGAGGAGGAGUACAGCGAGGAGCUGGUGGCCGAGGGCCUGCCGCUCAUGUUCGACAUCCUCAAGACCAGCAAAAACGACGCCGUCAUCCAGCAGCUGGCUGCCAUCUUCACGCACUGCUAUGGCGGCACCCCCAUCCCCAGCAUCCCCGAGAUCCGGAAGACCCUGCCGGCCAGACUAGAUCCUCACUUUCUGAACAACAAGGAGAUGUCGGACGUGACCUUCCUGGUGGAGGGAAAGCUGUUCUAUGCGCAUAAAGUCCUGCUGGUGACAGCCUCUGACAGGUUCAAGACGCUGAUGACGAAUAAAUCAGAACAAGACGGCAACAGCAGCAAAACCAUUGAGAUCAGCGACGUGAAGUACCACAUUUUUCAGCUGAUGAUGCAGUAUCUGUACUACGGAGGCACGGAGUCCUUGGACAUCCCCACGGCCGACGUCCUGGAGCUGCUGUCAGCUGCCAGCUUGUUCCAGCUGGACGCCCUGCAGAGGCACUGCGAGAUCCUGUGCUCCCAGACGCUCAGCGUAGAGUGUGCCGUGAACACCUACAAGUACGCCAAGAUCCACAACGCCCCUGAGCUGGCCCUGUUCUGCGAGGGUUUCUUCCUGAAGCACAUGAAGGCCCUGCUCGAGCAGGACUCCUUCCGGCAGCUCAUCUACGGCCGCAGCAGCAAGGUGCAGGGCCUGGACCCGCUGCAGGACCUGCAGAGCACCCUGGCCGAGCGCGUGCACUCUGUCUACAUCACAUCCCGGGUGUGAGGGGGGAUGGCUGGUCGGCACAUCCCGCCCUCCCGGCCAGGCUCUGUCUCCAGGCAUCCGGGGGCGGAAAAGGCUGGGAGCAAGUGCGGCCAGGCUGUCUGGACCAGUGCGUAGCCAGGCCCUGUGGCCGGGCCAAGGCCCCGCUGGGGGCACUGGGUGCAGAUUCUCUUGGAGCCAGGCUCACGAGACUCAGUUUCCCCCUCUUUCCCCAGACAUCCUCUCUGGUGUCCAUCUGUCCUUGGGCAGGCAGAUGUGCCCUGAGCCCACCUGUCACUGGGCAGCCCCACCCUCAACCCCUCUUCCUCAGAGCUAACCGUUUGCUCGACCAGUGAUGGGCAAAGGGCAGAUGUGGCCAAAAGGUGGACUCUCCCUCCACCCCCCACACCGUUUGCACCUGGAGGGCGGUGUACUCACCCUCAGGUGCCCCUGCACCCCUCCUGGAGGGCGGCAGCUGAUCCCGAUUCACCUCUGCUCUAAAUAGCUUCUGACCAUGCCCUCCAAGCUCUCACCACUCAGCCCAGACUGUCCCACCUGGGGCUCUCGGGCUGUGGCACCCUUAUGAAUGUACAGAAUGGAUACUCCGAGCCCCAGGCCAUCGCAUCCAAAAGCUGGUAUCUUUUCUUAGUAUCAUAUCAGAACCGCUGCCCAAACCCCUGAACUUACUCCUCAAGGCCACGCCUUGAAAGCCUUGAUGUGGGCCUCCAGGGGGCUGGGGACACCUGCACAGGGGUCACUUGGAGUCCCAUUGUCUUUGGUGUUUGGCCCAGAGAGGCCCUUCUCUGGGGACGGCCAGCUGCUCAGUGAGCAGUGGAAAGCGGUUCCCCCACUGAUGCCUCCAGGGCUUCCAGUCUGAGCCAAGGAGGGGCAUGGGGGUGCAUGGGAUACAGUGGAGGAGCCGGGUGGCCUCAGCUUUUGUCGUUGCUGCUGUUUUUAGGGGUCGAUUCUGAAGCCCCAGGCCUAGAUUCGGCUGCCUCAGUGGGCUCAGGAAGGAGAUCCCUAAAAGUCCCCCAGCCGAGUCCCUGAGUGGAAGAGUCCUUUAGCUUGGACUGGAGAGCGGCCCGUGUCUCCGUGGGAACUGCAGGUCUGGGGCAUCUCGAGGCCAGGGCACUGGUGGAAGGGGGGGCUGGAGGAAGAGGACCUUCCGCUUCCUCCUCUCCCCCACCUGCCCCCACUGUAGGCCCCUGGCUGUCCUGCGGUGGAGACAGUGUCAGGCCUGCACACUUCCUGUAUUUAUGGACCAGACACUGGGGGGGCAUUUGGACAGCUUCUCUGGGUGUGGCCUUCUUCAGCUGUCUGGGCACCUUAGAAACUAUUUAUUCACCAGAAGCCCCGGGCACUUCAGGAGGUGUCAUUGGGUCAUCCUGAGAAGCCCUGGGGGCUUGCAAUCCUGGAAAAUAUUUUCAACUAGCUGCGUGAGCUGGAUGUACAAAGGAAUAGGCGUUAUUUUAUUGCUGUAAUAUUGUAUGAUACUGUAACUAUACACUAAUGUUGUCACUGUAAAUGUACCAUGGCUUU